AUGGAGGAAUGCCGUCCCCUGAGCGAGACAGAUGCGUCAAACUCGAUAUCUUCUGUGUCAAACAGCGGCAUCACCUCGCCCAGGACCUCUGAUACGGAUGUUGAAUCACUCUCCAACGCGUCAAUCGAUUUUCGCACGGACGAGAAAUACGUUCAAACUCCUCCUGCAGUCCCUGAAGCGGUAUCAGACGAGGUCAGAGCUUUGCUGAUAUCAGUGCCCCCAGAGAUACUCAGAGGGAAGUAUACGGCAUUGCCUGGUGAACGGCCAAAGCCAGGGCUUGAUAGAUCUCUUCCACCAAUACACAAAAUCGAAGACAUUUUCGAGGACCUCACCGCCCAGGCUCUCAAGAAUGGUUUUGACUCCUUCCUGGAUCAUAUCGGCGCCCGCGAACUACGCGUGGCUACUAUGUGCUCAGGUACUGAGUCGCCUCUCUUGGCCUUGGAAAUGAUACGAAACAGCCUUCGAGAGCUUACUGGAAGAACAUUCCGCCUCCACCAUCUGUUUAGUGCUGAGAUAGAUGCAUUUAAACAAUCAUAUAUACAGAGGAAUUUUUCACCUGAAAUCAUUUUCAGAGAUGUCAAUGAACUGGUUGCAGAAGAGGCAACUACCGCAUUCGGAUCAGUGAGAAGGGUACCAACAGAUCCCGAUCUCCUAGUGGUUGGUUUCUCUUGUGUUGAUUUUUCUGCUCUCAACUUUUAUCGGAAAACACUCGAGGAGAUGGGAGAAUCUGGCCACACCUUUUAUGGAGUCAUUCGGUAUAUGCAGCGAUGUCGACCAGCAUUAGUUGUCCUAGAAAAUGUUUGCUCUGCCCCCUGGGAGCAGAUCAAGACCAUCUUGCAGGAAAUUGACUACAAUGGCUACCACAUGAAAAUUGAUUCCAAAAACUACUAUCUUCCGCAGACCCGGGAAAGAGGGUAUAUGAUUUGCAUUGAUCAGAGAAAGAUGGUGACAGAGCCUGUGGGUGAGGCGAAGUCAAAGAAGCUAUCCGCCUUUGCACUGUUGAUGAAGAAAUUGGAACGACCGGCAAGCUCACCAGUAACCCAGUUUCUUUUAUCCCACGAUGAUAUCCGCCUCCAAGAUGCAAUCAACGAUAUUUCAAUCAAUUCUACUAAGGACCGUCAAGCAGUGGAUUGGACAAGAUACAAAGCGCGUCAUCUUGGGUAUAGAAUGCGAGAAGGUCUCGGGGACAAGCGACCUUUGACUAAAUGGCAAGACAAUGGCACAUGUCAAAUGCCAGACUUCUAUUGGCACGGAUGGAGCAGAACCCAGACUGAGCGAGUUUGGGAUACUCUUGACGUGAAUUUCCUACGGACCAUUGCACGGGGAUAUGACAUCAACUUUAAAUCGCGAGUUAUUGACCUCUCUCAGGGUCUUGAUCGAGAGUUAGACCAGAGAGCUUCCGGUGUUGCCGGCUGCUUAACCCCCCGCGGACAGCAUUUCAUUACUUCUAGAGGUGGCCCUCUUCUGGGAAUUGAAGCUCUCGCCCUUCAGGGAAUUCCAAUCGACAGACUUCUGAUAGGUAACGAUGGACAACGCGAUUUGCAUGAUUUGGCAGGAAAUGCAAUGACCUCAACAGUAGUGGGAGCUGCCAUUAUCACGGCCCUAACGCUUGGGUAUCAAGCCUUGCCACUCUCAACUGCCCAUUAUGACGAUUCUGAUUCUGAGGCCGUUGCCCAACAUUAUUCAAUCGCACCAUGUCAUACUAUGGUACCGCUUUUAGCGAAGACAACAGGCGAAAAUGAUAUCUCAGUGGGGGAAUUAUACCAACUUGGCAUCAGAACUGCGCGUCUUUGCUACUGUGACGGUCAGACAGGGACAAGAUCAGAUAUUAUUCUGGCCUGCAGACAUUGUGGGCAUACAGCAUGCUCAAAAUGCGGAAAGAAUCCUACACACUCCUACAGAUGUGUAGAGCCGGAUGAGUUGGAGCAGCGUCUACCCCCGGUAGAGUUCCAGACGCAAGUCAAAACCAGGCUGCCCAUGCGCCUCCAAGUCAGUGGUUUAAAUGUUGACGUGUUUCAGGGAUUUCGAGAGGCAGCUGCGCCGUCACACAUUAACGAUGCUUGGGAUACCUUCAUAGACACAAUUAGACAUUCUCUUAGUGAUGUCCUGAAGUUUCAAGGUGUAGUGAGGCAAAAUGGCUGGAUCAUUGCUUACGAAGGCGAAAAGCUGUUUCUCAAACUAAGCUGCACGUCUCUCGGUCUUCAAUGGCUGCUCUAUGCCAUACCCCAAAAAAUAGAGCCAAGCAACUCACCUCUUCGACAAAUGCUAUCCCGGCCUAUUGCUAAAAUGACACCAAAGGCCACGAGCUUACUUGAGGGGACAUGGCUAGUUGGAUCACCAGUCAGCUCCCAGUUCGAUCUUUUAAUAACAGGGGGUGGUCAGUUAGUUGACUCUCUCCCAGCUCGAUCUGGCCUACAACACCCGAACUUUCGGAACCUGAAAACAUGGUCGAUUCUUCAUAUAGAUGCAAAGGAUGAGGACAUGAAGAAUUUGGAGACCGAUAUCCGUGGAGCCUACGAACUGCUGCCGGAUUGUUGUGCUGCCAGCGGAAGUUUGAGGAAACGCGUGCAUUCCUCAGGCAGUUCCCUGUAUUUAUUUUUGGACCCUACAGAGGUUGGACCUCAUCAGUUGGAUUCUUGGGUUUUCUCACUUGAACAUGAACGCCUUCAUUUUGGACAGACACGCAAUACACUAGCCGAAAUUCGGCCGAAUUGGAACCCGCUAUACCUCAACCAUGAGCAAGACGUUGUUCCAUGUUGGUACCGGAAGUGGAGGGAAUUUGCGAGUGUUACUUUGAAUGUUUACCAAACAUCUCCACCUCCCCAAUAUUCUAUACCAAGGCCUUUGGGGAUUUCUGCUUCUUGCAGUGUCACUUGUGACAGCUCUUAUUCCACUAUACUUCAAUGUUCAGUUCCAGCAGACUUAACCGAUUUGGAAUUAAUACCUGGAACGGUGAAGACAGAAAAUUUGUCAGAAUCCAUUUCUAUGCUCAAGAAGUUUGCGUGGGUUUUGCAAAGUGCAAUUGGUAUUACGCAAUUUGAGAGGUGGGAGACUAUUCAAAGCUCUUGUCUUAGUUUUGACCUAUCCUGUUCAACAUGCGCUCCUACCAAGCCUCGUCUAGCUUGGGCCCUAGAUGAAAAAGAUCGUGUAUACGCAUAUGAGAAUCCGGAGGAUGCUGCCGCUUUUGAGAGAAGCAUAAAGAGCCGACCUGCGCCAUUCCUGGGUAUUACUACUCUUGAUGAAAAUUUGAUUCUUCAUCUUCGGGUUUGCCUAAAUGUCUUAAGCCUUCUUCAUAGGGCAGUCGGUAACCUGGGUGUCAGAGAUAACGUAUCUUUGCAAUGGCGGCUAUGUAUUGAUACAGCAGGAUUCAUUCCGCGUCGACUACCAAAACUUUUAGAGAGAAACAACAAAUUGGAUAUACCCUGCUGCCAACCUCCAAACUUUAGGCAGUACUCUCUACGGCUAGAACAGCUACGUUCGCUUCAAUGGAUGUGUGAUCAAGAGAGUGAUGGCGCUCCAGCCUUUGUGGAAGAGGAAGUGGUCGAAGCACUUUUACCUACCAUCAACUGGAGGGCAGAAGGGAAAGCAUCAACAGAGAAGAUGGUCCUCGGAGGGAUUCUUGGAGACGAAGUUGGGUAUGGGAAGACUGCAAUAUCACUUGGGCUUAUUGACAUACAAUACAUCAAAGAUAGCGCUAGUGUUCCAAUGUCCGUCAAGGGCCAGAUUCCAAUCAAGGCAACCAUGAUAUUGGUUCCUGGCCACCUUUUUGACCAAUGGAAGCGGGAAAUACACAAAUUUUUGGGGGAUAACUACAGGAUUCUAGAAGUUAAGACGAACUCUUCGCAUGGUUCUACAACCAUACGGGAUUUUGAGAAAGCUGAUAUUGUCUUGGUAUCUACUUCAAUCCUGAAGGGAACAGCUUACUAUACCAUGAUGGAGUGUUUUGCUGCUGCCCCUAAGAUACCCAAGGGGGAGGGGCGUAUUUUUGUUGAAUGGCUCCAGGAUGCUCUUAGCUCAUUAUCCGAACAAGUGGAUCGACUUCUUACUUCAGGGGCUCAAUCAGUCUUGAAAAACAUCCAUGCUAGAAAAGAAGAACUUCGGCAAGGGGAUGGUCUGUCGAAGUACAAGCCUUCAAAGCGUUUGAAGGGACAAAAAUUUCAAGAGCAUCUUCUAAAGAUGCGUCAAACUGCUAUUUCUAAUAUUCAGGAAACAGCUGCAAAAAACACAGAGAAUGGAAAUUUUGAUUCCAUUGAUUCAAUUAUUGAACUAGGCAAAAGAAAGCGAGAGGUUUCUCCAGUUAGCCUAGGAACAGAGACACGGUUGGAUUCUAGAAAGUCAAAGAAAGGUUCCCAAGCCUGCAAAGAUGGAGGAAAUGUUUCCGUUGAAAUCUUCGACCUUUGUAAGUCAACUACUGACUGGAGAAGCGUUCGCUCCCCAUUGCUGCAUAUGUUUGAGUUCAACAGAGUUAUCAUCGAUGAGUUCACAUAUUCGAAAGACAGAAACUAUGCUGCCGCCCUGGCCAUACCAUCCAGGAAAAAAUGGAUUCUGUCCGGAACUCCUCCGCUCAACAACUUUGCUGAUGUUAAGUCUUUCUCCCCUUUCCUUGGUAUUAACCUAGGUAUUGAUGAAGAUGAUGGCCGGAAAGUCGAGAAUGAAAGAUUGCGGGCUAUCCAACGCGAUAGAACAGAGGUGGAACAAUUUCAGCCUUUAGUGACCCGGCGAAGCACCGCAUGGCAUGAGAGGCGCCAUGAAAUCGCUCAGGGAUUUCUAAACAAGUUUAUGAGAAAGAACAUGCCUGAUAUAGAUGAUAUCCCCUGGACUGAGCAUAUUAUUAGUAUAUCCCUGUCAGCAGCUGAACGUGCAGUUUACCUUGAGCUUUUUAUGCAAUUGAUGUCGCAAAACCUGAGAUUGAGAAAACAUGGACGCGGGCUAUACGACUCCGAAGAAAUAGCUCGCCUAGAUGCAAUUAUUGGAAAUAGCAGCGGCCCGGAAGAAGCUUUGUGUAAACGCUGCUCCUUGUUUACAUACAGUGAUGCUACUUCUCAUACUCGCACCGCGUUACCAGAGAAACCAAAUGAGAAGAAACCACUGGAUGACAACCCUCUCGUUACAACUAGACGCAAGCAAAUUGGCAGUCUCGCAGCCGAUAUUGAGUCCAGAGCGAGAAGAGGACUAUGGCUUCAUAAGCAACUGGAUGAAGGGACAGCACAUUUUGAUAGACUAUUGGAAAGUGUUGAACAGGACAGGUUUGGGGAUCUACUGGUUACUGCUGGUAUCAAAAUGCUUUUCAAAAGGGCCAAAUCAAGAUCUGGUCCCGGUGAUGGUAGCAUUUUUUACCUUACGACACAAGAAAAAAAGCGGAACCCAGACAAUCCAAGGCCUGAAUUCCCCAAAAAUCAAACAGAACUUAUCAGUGAUCUUAAUUACUGCACAGACAGUUUGCGUCGCCUUGUUUAUGAAACAAUAGCGCACACACGAGCCCUACGUCUAUAUCAUGCUGUACGAUGUUUUCAAAACCCACCUCCUAAUGCUAAGUUCAUUUGCUACAGUUGCAGUGUGGAGAGAGAAGACCCUAGGAUGCUCACUAUUUUAGGGGAAUGCGGUCAUAGCACCUGUGAAUCUUGUAUUGAGCGUUGCAAGCUCCAUGAAAGAUGUUUACUAGAGGGUUGUGGCGGAACAGUUCAAGAGUACCGAAUUAUCAGAUGGACUGACCUAUGCCACUCUGAGUGCAAUACUUCUACAGAGAAGUUGGCAAAAUAUGGUGGCUCAAAGUUCACAGCAGUUAUUGAUUUGCUGCAGGAGCCCGAGAAGAUCCCUAUGGAUGACCAAGUUUUGCUCUUCAUUCAGUUCCCCGAGUUGAUGGAUGCUGCUUCAAAGGCACUGGGGUCUGCAGGUAUACCAUACAUAGUCGUUCAGCCCGGAGACCGCGCUCCAGCCAGCAAAAUAUCUGAAUUUCAGAAUGGCAAGGAAUCUGUCAAAAGCAAAGUUUUGAUAUUGAAUCUUGGAGAUGUCACUGCAUCAGGGUUGAACCUACAAAAUGCAAAUCACAUCAUAUUUUUUGGUCCUUUGGUUGCCCAAUCACAGUAUGAUUAUGAUUCUGGGAUGGCUCAGGCAAUUGGACGCUCACGACGGUAUGGUCAAUUAAAACAUGUCCAUAUUUACCAUGUUUUGGCUCUCAAAACGGUUGAAGUAAACAUUUUUGAGCAGCGCAGAAGACAAUACCUUGCGAAGAGAGGGGAUAGAUUUAUCACAGUACAAAAGAGCGAGAUCAGAGACAUGGACGAAGUUGACUGGAGAGGAUUUCCGUUGGAAGGAUCAAAUGCUGAAAGCUAUCAGGAUGAUUUUGACGAUAAGUAG